AAAGAUGAGCUUUAUCUAAGACUGUGUUUAGAACAUCCAGGACAAGCAAGGCUGAGGCAUAGAUUUCGGUAGAUAGCAAUGCUGAAAAAAACGUCUUGGAUUACAUUUAAAUAUUAUAGCUGAGACUACAAAUAGUGAUUCAUAUCGUCUCCGAUUCUUCCUCCUGUCUUCCCUUUUUCUGCAUGUUGCAAUGUAGAAAGGAAGGGUGCAGAGAUGCCGGUGAUUCUAAGUUGCAAAGUGAGCAAAGAGCUGAAAAGGGAGUCAGCUGCGUUUGGCUCCCGGCUGCAUUGAGGUGGAGGGGAAUCGGGCAGCUCUUCACAAAUGAGGCCGAGUUCGUGACUUCUGCCUAGUUUCUCAAAUCUGAAGGCUGCUUUCUCCGGAAUUGACUAGCUUCUCUUCAGGCAUUAUCGGAUACAGCUAAGGCCUGGCUUUGGACUGCAGCCAUUUGCAACAGCAACGGGAGCUUUCCUGUACAAACUGUUAGUAAACAAAGGCAGGUAUCGACUUGAACGCAGCUUAAAGGUUUUAAUUAGUUCUUGCUUGAAGCUUGGCUAGGAAUUAGGGAUGGAACUUUCCUGCAAGUGCCAGGUGAAGAACUUUCUUUGGACUUGCUCAGAUAUUAACUCUGACAGGAAUGGAAAGCUGAAGGCUUUCGUGAAUUUACACCCAAGAGAACUGAGGAACAGGUUUGAGAAGAGAAUUUGCUGUUAAAUCUUCAUGAUACUGAACAGAAGUGGGAUGUGUGAAACAGAAGGAAAACUGCUUCGCUUUUUUUUGAAGAGAGGUUCCCCGUACCCUCCUUCCGAUGUCUGUGCUGUUUGCGAGAGGAACCUUCUUUGUAUUUAAAAGAAGCAGACUGUAUUAUUGGACUAUAACUUCGAUGUUUUGGAGUACAAGGGAUGCUUAAACAAUUUGAAGAUAUUGGAGCAUGGCCACUCCUUAAAAUGCUAAAGUUAAAGGAAAUUCCUGGUCAUCAAAUCCUCCUGAAUAUCUGAAUUUUCUUGAUAUUUACAUUUAACUAUCCUUAAAUGUCCACGAUUAAGAUCUCAUGCAACCAUUGCAUAUUUUGGAGACCCUUCUCCAAAAGAGAACUGUCUAUUUAAAAAGCAGAAAUGACUGUAUUUUCUUUUGGAACUUACUAAGGCCCAACACACCGAAAGAUCAUGACCAGCUUGAAGCGGUCCCAGACUGAAAGGGCUGUUGCCACUGGGGUAGCAGUUGGAACAGAUGGCACCUCGAAAGUCCACUCGGAUGACUUCUAUAUGAGACGCUUUAGGUCACAGAAUGGUAGCUUAGGCUCUGCAGUCAUGGCUCCGGUUGGACCUCCUCGCAAUGAAAGUUCCCAUCACGUUACCUCGACUCCCGGAGUCCCUAAAAUGGGGGUCAGGGCAAGGAUUGCUGACUGGCCCCCGAGGAAGGACAACAUCAAGGACACAAGUAGGUCUAGUCAAGAUAUUGAUGCAACGAGUUGCCUUGACAGCAUGUCUUCUAAAAGCAGCCCUGGGAGCCAGGGAAGCUCUGUGAACCUGAAUGCUAGUGAUUCCGUCAUGCUAAAGAGCAUCCAGAACACGCUCAAAAGCAAGACCAGACAAUCCGAGAACCUCGAUUCCAGGUUUCUUACACCUGAUGGCUACCCCAAUUCUCCUAGGAAAGCUCUUCGCAGAAUAAGGCAGCGCAGUAACAGUGACAUUACCAUAAGUGAGCUUGAUGUGGACAGUUUCGAUGAAUGUAUCUCACCUACCUUUAAAUCUGGCCCAUCCCUGCACAGGGAAUAUGGCAGCACCUCUUCAAUAGAUAAGCAGGGAACUUCAGGGGAGAGUUUUUUUGACCUACUGAAGGGCUAUAAAGAUGAAAAAUCUGAUCAGAGAAGCCCAGCCACGACUAAGCUCAGCGAACUCCUGAUUGCCAGUGGAAGCAAGGGUUCGGGGUUCUCUCUGGAUGUGAUAGACGGGCCUAUUACGCAAAGGGAGAACCUGAGACUCUUCAAGGAAAGGGAGAAGCCACUUAAGAGACGCUCAAAAUCCGAGACGGGAGAUUCGUCCAUUUUUCGUAAGCUGCGCAACGCCAAAGGCGAAGGGGAGCUCGGGAAGUCUUCGGAUCUUGAAGAUAACAGGUCCGAAGAUAGUGUCAAGCCUUGGACUUGCCCCAAGUGCUUUGCCCACUAUGAUGUGCAGAGCAUAUUGUUUGAUUUGAACGAAGCCGCGAUCAACAGGCAUAAUGUUAUUAAAAGAAGGAACACGACGACAGGGGCAUCUGCUGCUGCUGUAGCAUCGCUUGUGUCUGGACCCUUGUCCCAUUCUGCAAGUUUCAAUUCUCCAAUGGGCAGCACCGAAGAUCUGAAUUCCAAAGGAAGCCUCAAUAUGGACCAGGGGGAUGAUAAAAGCAAUGAACUUGUGAUGAGUUGCCCUUAUUUUCGUAACGAGAUUGGUGGGGAAGGGGAGAGGAAGAUCAGCCUUUCCAAAUCUAAUUCAGGUUCCUUCAGUGGAUGUGAAAGUGCCUCGUUUGAGUCCACCCUGAGUUCUCAUUGCACAAACGCUGGAGUAGCAGUUCUAGAAGUUCCCAAGGAGAAUCUGAUCUUACAUCUAGACAGAGUGAAGCGAUACAUUGUUGAACAUGUAGACCUUGGUGCAUAUUAUUAUCGCAAAUUCUUCUACCAGAAGGAACACUGGAACUAUUUUGGGGCAGAUGAGAACCUGGGUCCAGUAGCAGUGAGCAUAAGAAGAGAAAAACCAGAAGAAAUCAAAGAAAAUGGACCUCAGUACAACUACCGGAUCAUAUUCCGAACCAGCGAGCUUAUGACGCUACGAGGCUCUGUGCUGGAAGAUGCUAUCCCUUCAACUGCCAAGCAUUGCACAGCCAGAGGACUUCCCCUGAAAGAAGUGCUGGAGUAUGUGGUUCCUGAGCUGAACAUCCACUGCCUCAGACUGGCCUUCAACACUCCUAAAGUUACAGAGCAGCUAAUGAAGUUGGAUGAACAAGGGUUAAGUUACCAGCUUAAGGUGGGUAUCAUGUACUGCAAAGCUGGGCAAAGCACAGAAGAGGAAAUGUAUAAUAACGAAUCAGCAGGUCCAGCCUUUGAAGAGUUUCUUCAGCUCCUGGGAGAACGAGUUCGACUCAAGGGAUUUGAAAAGUAUCGGGCUCAGCUGGAUACCAAGACUGAUUCCACUGGUACUCACUCUCUAUAUACGACAUACAAGGACUAUGAAAUCAUGUUCCAUGUUUCUACUAUGCUGCCAUAUACUCCAAACAACAAGCAACAGCUUCUGAGAAAGCGGCACAUUGGGAACGAUAUUGUGACGAUAGUUUUCCAGGAGCCCGGAGCGCAGCCGUUCAGCCCCAAGAACAUUCGGUCCCACUUCCAGCACGUCUUUGUCAUCGUCAGGGUGCACAACCCCUGCACCGACAGCGUCUGCUACAGUGUUGCUGUGACAAGAUCCAGAGAUGUACCGUCCUUUGGACCACCCAUCCCAAAAGGUGUCACCUUUCCCAAAUCAAAUGUGUUCAGGGACUUCUUACUGGCCAAAGUCAUUAAUGCAGAGAAUGCUGCUCACAAAUCAGAGAAGUUCCGGGCAAUGGCCACCAGGACCCGACAAGAAUAUUUGAAAGACUUGGCAGAGAAAAAUGUCACCAACACUCCAAUUGACCCUUCUGGCAAGUUCCCGUUCAUCUCCCUUGCUUCAAAGAAGAAAGAAAAGUCCAAGCCUUAUCCAGGAGCAGAGAUCUAUAGUUCUGGUGCUAUUGUAUGGAGUGUCCAUGCUAAAGACUACAGCAAGGGUAUGGAAAUAGACUGUCUCCUUGGCAUCUCUAAUGAGUUUGUAGUCCUCAUUGAGCAGGACACAAAAAGCGUGGUGUUCAAUUGCUCCUGUCGAGAUGUGAUAGGGUGGACUUCAACGGAUACAAAUAUCAAAAUAUUCUAUGAGAGGGGUGAAUGUGUCUCUUUGGAGAGCUUCAUCAGCAACAUGUCCGACGAUAUCAAAGAGAUCGUCAAAAGGCUGGAGCUGGUGACCAAGGGCUGUGAAACGGUGGAGAUGACUCUGCGCCGCAACGGCCUGGGGCAGCUUGGCUUCCACGUGAACUACGAAGGCAUCGUGGCCGACGUGGAGCCCUACGGCUACGCGUGGCAGGCAGGGCUGCGGCAGGGCAGCCGCCUGGUGGAGAUCUGCAAGGUGGCCGUAGCCACGCUGAGCCACGAGCAGAUGAUCGACCUGCUGAGGACCUCAGUCACCGUGAAGGUCGUCAUCAUCCCGCCCUACGAGGACUGCACGCCGCGCAGAAGUUCUUCGGAAAACUACCGCCUGCCGGUGAUGGAGUACAAAGUGAAUGAAGGAGUGCCGUAUGAAUUCAAGUUUCCCUUCAGAAAUAACAACAAGUGGCAGCGAAAUGCCAGCAAAGGGCAGGGAUCUCACGUGGCCCAGGUACCAUCCCAGAUGCAGAGCCCAGUCCCGUCUCGGAUGGCCUCUGGGAAAGGAGAAGGGAAGAUGCCCCCGCCGGAGCGAGCGGCCAACAUCCCCCGGAGCAUCUCUAGCGACGGGCGCCCGCUGGAGAGCCGGAGGUUGUCUCCCGGGUCGGACGUCUACGUCACCGUUUCAUCCAUGGCCUUAGCGAGGUCGCAGCAGUGCCGUAACUCUCCAAGCAACUUAUCCUCCUCCAGUGAGACCGGCUCUGGUGGGGGCACGUACAGACAAAAAUCUAUGCCAGAAGGGUUUGGAAUGAGCCGUAGAUCCCCUGCUUCCAUUGACAGGCAGAGCACGCAGACAGACACGGGUGGGAGCGGCAAAUCCACCCCCAGCUGGCAGAGGAGCGAGGACAGUAUCGCUGACCAGAUGGAACCAACAUGCCAUCUCCCAGCAGUAUCAAAAGUGCUGCCGUCCUUCAGAGAGAGUCCCAGUGGAAGACUGAUGAGGCAGGAUCCUGUGGUUCACUUGUCUCCAAACAAGCAGGGUCAUUCUGACAGCCACUACUCCAGCCAUUCCAGCAGCAAUACUCUCUCCAGCAACGCCUCCAGUGCUCACAGCGAUGAGAAGUGGUACGACAGCGGCGAGCGCACCGAGUCCGAGCUCAACAGCUACAACUACCUUCAAGGGACUUCUGCUGACAGCGGCAUAGACACAACCUCCUACGGACCUAGCCACGGCAGCACGGCCUCCUUGGGAGCAGCGACGUCCCCGCGGACAGGGCUGACCAAGGAGAAGGUGGCCCCGCUGUGGCACAGCUCCAGUGAAGUGGUCUCCCUUGCAGACAGGACAUUGGAGAAGGAGAGCCACAUAGAGCGCAAGGCUGAGUCCUCACUGAGCCUGGACAUUCACAGCAAGAGUCAACCAGCCUCCAAUCCUCUAACAAGGGAAAACAGCGCUUACAGCCUCAGUGAUGCUGUCUCACACACAAGCACCAUGAGCUCACGACACUCUGCCAGCCCUGUUGUCUUCACCAGUGCCAGAAGUUCACCGAAGGAGGAGCUUCAUUCUGCUGCUUCUCCACAGCUUGCACCUUCCUUCUCCUCCUCCUCCUCUUCCUCCUCUGGUCCUAGGACGUUCUACCCUCGCCAGGGUGCUACCAGCAAGUAUCUGAUCGGAUGGAAAAAACCCGAAGGGACCAUAAACUCGGUGGGGUUUAUGGAUACAAGAAAACGCCACCAGAGCGAUGGCAGCGAGAUGGCCCAUCCUCGGCUGCGCGCCUCUGCGCGGGACCUGCGCGCCUCCCCGAAACGAGCCGCCAAGCCCACCGUGGAAGAGGAGCUGAAGAAGCUGAUUGACCUGGACAGCCCAACGCCCGAAUCUCAGAAGAACUUUAAGUCGCACACGCUGUCGUGCCAGUCGCCCUUCCCCAGCACGCCCACCACGAGGCGCGCCUUGCAGAGGACGCUGUCGGACGAGAGCAUCUACAGCGGGCAGCGGGAGCACUUCUUCGCCUCGCGGGCCUCGCUCCUGGACCAGGCCGUGCCCAACGAUGUCCUCUUCAGCAGCACCUACCCUUCUCUCCCGAAGUCGCUGCCCUUGCGGAGGCCCUCGUACACUUUGGGAAUGAAAUCACUGCAUGGGGAAUUCUCUGCCUCAGACAGCUCCCUCACAGAUAUGCAGGAGCAGAGGCGGCAGCCCAUGCCAGACCCUGGCCUGAUGCCCUUGCCUGAUUCUGCCUCUGAUCUGGACUGGUCAAACUUGGUGGAUGCUGCCAAAGCUUUUGAAGUUCAGCGAGCUUCAUUCUUUGCUGCUACUGAUGAAAACCACAGGCCGGUGAGCGCUGCCUCCUGUGACCAGGCUGAGGACCAGCUCACUGCACAGAUAAAGCCUUACACAGGUAAAGAAUCUCCUCCAACUCUUGCCUCUAAAGUGGACCAACUGGAAGGUUUACUGAAGAUGCUACAAGAGGAUUUAAGGAAGGAGAAGGAGGACAAGGCCAGUCUCCAGGCUGAGGUGCAGCAUUUGCGGGAGGACAACUUGCGGUUACAGGAGGAAUCGCAGAACGCAACGGAGAAACUGAAAAAAUUCACCGAGUGGGUUUUCAACACCAUUGAUAUGAACUAAGAACAGCGUGCGGGGAAGCAAACUGUCCGUUGUGAAUAUUAUUAGUGGACUUCAGCUUUAAUGCCACCUUAAUCAUGACAUGUGAAAGUAUAGUCAGAGCACUUCCCUGUCCUUCAUCCUCCAAUAACUCUUUUUGGCAUCUCUGCGUGCACUCGGAACAAUUGCAGAUCAACAAUCAGUGUCUGCCUUUUGUAGAAAAACAAAGUAAAUAAUUUUAAAAAGGUAAAAUAAAAGUUUAACUGCUAAAAUGUGAAUGUCUAUUUUUUGCACAUUGUCUCUUUAUCUGUUAUGUACAAAAUGAUUCGGAGGUUGGAUCAGGUUUGCCGUUCUAUCUGCCUCUAUUUCCAUUAACUCUUUUCUCUCUUUUUCAGGUAAUCUGCUUUUCCUUGCAGCUUUGGCAAAUAUUAUGACAUCUAGAAAAUUAGAAGGAAAUGUUUAUUUUACUGCUUUUCUUACGUUGUUUUCUGAAGUACGCCACAGACAAGGGGAUGUCAUGCAACGUUUUAGGUGUCUCUUGAGCAAUUUGCGCUUGAUUGCUAGUGCUGCCCUCCCAUACGUUACAGAGAGCCUGUGUCUGUCGUGUCUGGUACAGUACAAGCAGCAGCGUAGUAUUUGAAGAGACUGGAGCCUAGAGCUCCAGGUGGGGCGAGUUUCCUGUGGAAACAAUGGCUGCAAGUAAGUUCAGGAACAGCAGAACUAGCCGUGCUGCAGUCCAUAGUGUAUCAGGCUGGCCCAGAGAUCCCGAGCCCCUGCCCGGCCGGGGGAAUCUGCUGCUUGCAGACGUGCAGAAGAUGGUGGCUGACGUUGUAAAGAGAGAAAGGUUUGUGUUUGGUUGGGUUUGUUUUGUUUUGUUUUUCCCUUGAACUCUGUGUUUCCCAGAAAAUCCACACAAACCAUUUCGGAAUUUCAGCGCACCUGCCUUCCCAUUUCAUUCCUCCGGACUACUCAGAUCAUAGCAGCUUUGAGAAAUGUUUAUUAAUCUUGUCUUUUACUCUGUUAGAGGCCUUCUAAAUCCUGUAGUGUCACAAAUGGAGGAAUAGAUAAAGGUAAAACUAGAGAAAUGUGUUUUUUUCAAAGCAAUGGGUUAAAAUUGGAGCUACGAAAUUCCACAUCCCAGUGACACUCCAGCAUGCGAUUUCCCAGCCUGCUAGGUAACAGGAAAGGUAAUUUUUCCUCCUUCGAAGGAAAAACUAACUUACCCCAACAUAUCACCUCUCCAGAACAUCUCUCAGGAGUCAAAAUAGGACUUGCAGGCACUGCAGCCUGCACAGCCCUGAGCCACGCAGCAGGCUGAGAAAGCUUCCCUGCUCCCCACCUGCAUGCGGUCACUACCUUAAUAAACAUUGCCCUGCAUAAGGUGCAGUGUGUUUUGAGAUUAACUUCCAGAGCAUCCUCUCCUUUGCCAUGCUCUCAAAUAAACAAAAUCCUCAGGCAUGGUCUUUCCACAGAAACUUCAAAUCCAUCUCUUGAAAUCCCUUUUUCCACACUCUUUGAUUGUGCCCCACACAAGUACACACUGCGCUUCCACCUCAAACUUCAUUUGUGAUGCUAAUCCCCACGGAGUUCUUCUCUACCGUUUUGUCAUGGAAAUGGAUUUCUUUGGAACUAUUUCUGGAGUGCUUUUGUAAAGGUUUAGAAUGUUCUGGGUUUUUUAAUGACUUGUAUGAAGGAGAUUUAUAUAAUGCCUGAUAUUAUUUGUAAAUGGGAAAUAUUGCUAACAUCUCUGAGCAUCCUGAAGUCUUGCUUAUUCUCUUGU